UUCACCACCAGAUCAGCAAAACAAUCCACACCGCACACCGCAAUGGAUUACCAAAACCGCGCCGGCUCCAAGUUCGGAGGUGGUGGCGUCGCCUCUCAGAGCGCCACCAACGCCGACCGACGUGAACGUCUGCGAAAGCUCGCCCUGGAGACCAUCGACCUCGACAAAGACCCGUACUUCUUCAAAAACCACGUCGGCUCCUUCGAAUGUCGUCUCUGCCUCACCGUCCAUCAAAACGAUGGCUCCUACCUGGCUCACACCCAGGGCCGCAAGCAUCAAACCAAUCUCGCCCGUCGCGCCGCCAAAGAGUCGCAAAUGGGCAAGAAGAACGCGGAUGAUGGAUACACCGGCGCCAAUUCGAUCCAGAUCAAGAGAAACGUCGUCAAGAUUGGACGACCAGGAUACAGCAUCAAGAAAACUCGCGACCCCAUCACGCGACAGGAAGGUCUGCUCUUCUCCCUGCAGUUGCCCGAAAUCGGCCAAGGCGUGGAGCCUCGAGUGCGAUUCAUGAGCGCGUACGAGCAGAAAGUGGAUGAUCCUCCGGACAAGGCGUUUCAGUAUCUCCUUGUGGCUGCUGAGCCGUACGAUAUCUGUGGAUUCAAAAUUCAGGCGCGCGAUAUUGAUCGGCGAGAGGAGAAGUAUUGGACGUGGUGGGACCAGGAUAGUAAGCAGUUUUGGGUGCAGAUUAACUUCAAGACGGAGCGUGAGGAGAGGUUUAGUGGUGUGCCUGGCUUGGCGCCUGGUGGGAUGGGAAGGUGAGGAUGGGAAUGAGAGGGAAAAGAAAGAGAGACACACACACACAGAGAGAGAGAGAGAGAGCAGUUUGUGAGCAAAAGCUAUGCAUGCGACGACGAACGAGCUUGUCUACUCAGCGCAAGCUUCAAUUAAAAAUGGGGGCUAUGCCUUGCGCAGGGAAAGGUAGCAGGGACAACAGCAAAAUGCUGCCGUUGAAAUGAGAUACGCAGUACACACGUCUUUUUUCCAAUCCGACUCGAGCCAGAUCCAAAGUUCUACGGUCAAGUCAAGGGAUAUCGAAGAAUGAAUGAACCUUUUUCACCAAAUUGGAGAGAGAGAGAGGGAGAGCGAGAGAGGGUUAGACGGGGAGAUCAGCCCCACCGUGUAGUAUGCAUACAGUCUGUCUAUAGUCUGUAACAUGCAAAAACAACGUCCUUCUCCCGAAUAGAGGAGAGAGAGAGAGAGAGAGAGAGAGCAGCUGUGCCGAUCCUUGAGUCCACCUC